CCCGGUUCAGCCAACGAGUACAUUCCACGGGAUGCUGGAGUACAAAUGCAAACCGACACGGGUCAUGCAGCGUCAACAGAGGGAGUUGGCUUGCAACAGUUUGAAGUGCCUGAUAUUGGAAUGGAUCACCGCAAUGAAAGUGGGGAAACAUUAAAGGCAUCUACUGAAGAACUUCGGAAGGUGGUGAUAAUUCUGGAGAACAAAAAAAAUCGACGGAAUACAUAGUUCAGUUUCCCGAGGACACCGUAUGUGUCAAAUCGCCAGUCGUAUCAGCAAACUCCACUGACAUAGCAGAGGAAGAUCGUCCUAUUUUCGAGACGCCGCCCAAAGUUGGUGAGAAUGUGAUUCCCUUAUCUCAGUUUCUUUUGCCUGACGAGCUGUUUCCAAGCCAAACUCCCGAAAGAAGAAUGGUUUUGCAUCCAUCAGUAGCUCGGAACAGGCGUCCUAGUAAAUACCAAGUUUCCCCUUUUAUGGAGAAUUACGAGUCUGCUUCAGGAAACUGGUUUAAAACACAUCACUGUCCGCAUUUUUAAGAAGAAGCAUCCAUUCACGGAAGAUCCUAUCACUGGCCCAGUCGACACAUAGCUUUUUGAUAAAUACUUGGAGUGGAUUCGCAAGGGACAAGUUGUCAGGCAUGAAAAUAAAAAGAACAAUGAAGACCGUUACAGAAAGAAGAUGGCAGCUUUGGAGAAUAAUGCAGAUUAUACUUAUAAUUUUGGCAUCAUAGUAGUAGAGAACAAAAACUGGUUCUACCAGUUAUCAAUGAGUGGCCAGCCGUGGAAUGAUGAGCACAUUGACGUGAUUUUCUACUACUUGCGAAAGAAAGGAAAGUAUGACAGAAGGAGCAAUUUCAAAUACACAACAGUUGACUGUCUCUUCAUGCGAAAGGUUGAUCAAACAUAUCUUGCAUACAACAACCCAGAAACUGGACCCAAUGUAGCCAACGAAGAAGACGAUAUAUGUCAAUAUGUUAAGGGCUGCAGAUUGCAUGCAAAUGUCCCUUGGCAUUCAGUUGACAAUAUUUUUAUACCUGUCAACAUUAAAGAGGAUAAUCAUUGGAUUUUAGUCGUACUCUCAUUCAAUGACAGGCGACUUUAUGUGUACAACUCAUACCGAGGCAGCGCAGGCCACAAUGCGGUUGUUAGAAAGGAAGUACAAAAGCUUGUUGCCCUCCUGCCACAUUAUCUACACAUAAGUGGAUUCUACACUCAAAAAACUGGCAUAAAUUGGCAGAAUCAUCCAGCUAAUAUGGACAUGACACAGAAUGAGAACCUUCAAGUGGAGUAUGUAGAAAAUCUGCCGCAGCAAGACACUACCAGCAUGUACGUAUAUUUUAAUGUAUUGCAAUUUUUCAUAUACGGGGUUCAUUCUAAUAAUUCUACUUCUUUUAUACCUUACUGGGAUUGUAUCCCAGCACAAAUCGAUACAACAAUGAUCCGCACUAGGUAUGGCGCACUCCUUUGGGACUAUGCUGCACGGAAGAUCGAUGAACAUGCUAUGAGCGACAUUGAGGCGCCACCAAAACAAGUUAGGCCAGCAGUGGAUUAUGGCAAAGCUGUCAGAAUUGAUAUUACUUAG